CAGUCCCCAAAUACACCAGACUUGGAAGACGAGAGCAUAGCCCCUUCAACGCAACAACUCCUUUUAACACAGCGGUUUGGGUCGUUUUAGAAUCAAAUGCGACCCGACCGGGUUCAGAUCCAUCGAAGAAGAAUUUUGUAGAGAUCCAUCGACCACGGACCACCCUUAUCUUCCUCGACGGGAGUCCUCGACCGGCUAGUUUCGCUUUCGAAAUUUCUUCGAGGAAGAGAGCACCAGAGACGUCGACUCCCGGAAUCCUUUACAAGAUAAGGAUGUUGGAAGGACGGGAAGCAACGGAUCCAUCCGCACUCUUCACUCCAAUAACUUUUGUGCGUCUCUGGGGCACCUUUAUUGGUGGCAUGUUUAUCGUCAAGAACGUCGUCAAAAGAGGGGUGUUUAAUAUUGCUGGAUAUGGAGGUAACCUCGGAUUCCUCCCCAUCGACUCACUUUCCUGUCGCCCACAAGUCAAUAUCCUUAGAUAUCAAGGGAAAUAAGACGGACAUUGUAAUCUGCAAGUAUGAUGAUAAUUUUCUGGUCAUGGUGACUCAGAUAGGAUGUAUGGGAACCAUAUUGCGUGCUAGGAAGGAGGAAAGUGUAUCUGUUGACCCAACUUUUAAUGUUUCUGUAGUAUUUGGUAAAAGAGAUGAGCCAUAUCUACUUGCAUGUGCACGCCAGCUGAUUGAACAUAUAAGUGGUUGCAGUUCAUCCAGGCCAUUGGUGCUGUCCCUUGGGCUCAAGGACCACUCUCCGGGAACCUUGAAAGACGUCAUUUCUGCUGUCAUUGAUAACCGCCUAUGGUAAACGUGGUUCAUUAAGGAACUCAUUUGUCUGCAGCACGGAUGGAGAGUGGUGCUUCAAACUUUCGGUAUUUUCCCCCCUAACUCGUUGAGUUGAGCACUCUCAUUUUGCAACGAUGGCGGCUGUUUUGCAGGUUGGGAGUGGGGGUGCAUUAGUCUGUUUGUACUAUUUUGAUGCUUGUGGUCAAGGAGAGCAGGUGAAUUCAGUGUAACAGGUCAAGAUAUUAGAGAGAAAGUGUGAAACUGAUUUAUUUGGAAACAAAAUCGUGAUAGGUCCUAUGCCUUUUCAUUCUUAGAUAGACUGGAACUCCCUGUCUGGUUAUGUUAGCACCCCAACAUGCAACCUUCCAUCAAUAUGUUUGGUGAACACAUGGGGUGGAGAAAGUGAUCUUGUUGUCCCGGUUGUUUAUGGACAGUGGAUUUUAUUGAACCUUUUUUUUUUUU